CAACAAUUGGUCGAACGUCAAUUCAAAAAUUGCAAUCAAUUUCAUUCAAAAUAUGGUAAGAAGACAGUUGUUUUUCGUACUAAUUUCAAUAAUACAAGCUUUAAACUCUAUCAAAUGUAUCCAAAUAAAUUUCAUCAAAGUACCAUUAGCUGUUAAAAAUGACUCCAACGUUUCUGUAAUCAUGGAUUGUAACUAUUCGUUGAGACCAGACGACACCGAAUUGGUCAUUAAAUGGUAUUUAAACGAAGAACUAGUCUAUCAAUGGAUCCCUCCUCAGUCACCGCAAAGUUUCGGACUUUUAAAAGACAAAAUCGAUUUGGAAUACAAAGCUUCGGAUGAUCCGAAAUGCGUACACAGGGCGAUGAAGAUUUUCAAUCCCACUAACGAUAUCGCCGGUGAAUAUAAAUGUUUUGUAUCCACUUUUACCGAUGAGGAUUUUUUCAUUAAACAUAUGCACGUGUUUGUUCCAGAGAAGUCCUUAGAAGUUUUCAAAAGCGGACAUGACGACCAAACGGUGAAUUUCACUUGUAUGGCUUCGGAAACUUAUCCCAAAGCUAAUUUGUUGUUGUUCAAGAGUUACAAGGAUCAUUAUCACAAAAAAAGAUUGUCGCUAGUUCAUUGGGAUGUCAACAAACAUACUUCUGGUCGCUUUUCUACGUUCAUUGUUGCGUCUGUAAAUCGAGAACAUCUACCAGCUGGUACAAUAAUAACGUGCGAAAUGAGAAUACCCGAUACAGGUUAUGUCAAAAUUGGGAGUCUACUAUAUUAUCCAGAAGUUCCUCUCAAGGAUUCAGGUAACGCACCUGCAUUUCUAAAUGCACUUCCAUUGUAUUUUUGUUUAAAAAUAUUUUUAUUUAUAAUGUAGGUUCAAUUUUUCGUAAAAACUGUCAUCAAGUUUUUAUACAAUCAACAUUAUUCUUAGGAAUUCUCAAAAUGAACAUUCAAUUUUAAAAAUAUUUAGUAGGUAUCUGUAUUAUCAAUUUAUCACUAUUAUUUAUGUUAAUAAAUGUUAAUUAUUA